AUGGGUCAAACAGGAAGUAUACCAGAACCUCAACCAAAUGAAGCAAUUAAUAAACAAACUUCACAUAAUCAUUCUAACCAUGAUAAAAUUUCGAAUGAUUUAAUGAAGAAAAAUUUUUCAAGUUUGGAAACUUACUCUUUAGAGAGUACUUUUGACAAUUUGUCAUGUCUAAAAGAUGAUAAACAAAAAUAUUUGGGAUUUCCAGAGGGAGCAAAAAUCGGUUCAUUAUUAUAUCGUUCAUUUACAUAUCUAGCCACUUAUCCAUCAUCAGUACAUGGAGAGAACCUUUUGACACUCAAUGGACUUUUAAAGGCUGUCGCAGUAUACUGUGAUAAGAUUCAUGACGUUAUAUUAGAAGACCGUGCCAAACUCAUCUUCGAAUCUUUUGCUAUGCAUGAAGAACACUCAGCCUCCGGAACAACACCUAAAGCAGGAUUUUCCUACGGUCCUGAAAACUCAUCUCAUGAUACUAACGAUGACAAUGAUGGCGAGGAGGGCAAACCAAAAUUAAAGAUUAGUUCUAUUAACCUCGAUGAUGACGCCGCAUUUUUAAGAGCCCUCGGUUUUCAACAAAGUGAUGAUGAUAAAACUCAUCUUGUCUCCAAAAUAUUAUGUACCGAUGUGGUAGAAAUCUUGGCAGGAAUAAUUUGGAUCAUGACGAUUUCUAAUUCUUUAAGUUCGUACAAAUCAAAGGAAUUCGAAUCUUUAAAAAGCAUUAAACAACUUCAUGAAAUUGUAACUCCUGUCGUUGAAAAUAUGGCAAGAUAUGAUUCAAACCUUCGCAAUCUUUCUCGUUCACAGAUCUUUUCCUCUUCAACUUUUAUAAAAUGGACAAUAUUUGAUGAUUUUAUGCGACGGAAUAUUCCAAAUAUUUUUAGAGAUUUCAUCCCAUUCUUUUAUGGGCAAUUCUUGAUUGGGUUGACAUUGUCGCAACACCGUGAAGAAUCUAUAAUAACGGGUUCUCAUUUGCCAAAGUUGGAUGGAAAGUCUGAAAAUUUGAAUCCUGCUAAUUUGGCUUUAUUGAGUUGGAUGUUACCAGAAGAAACUUUAAAAG